GGGUUGACAGUAACAGAGUUGACGAUAACAGAGUUGACAGUAACAGAGUUGACGAUAACAGAGUUGACGAUAAUAGGGUUGACGAUAAUAGGGUUGAGAGUAACAGAGUUCACGAUAAUAGGGUUGACACUAACAUAGUUUACUAUAUCAGAGUUGACGAUAACAGAGUUGAUAGUAACAGAGUUGAUAGUAACAGAGUUGACGGUAACAAAGUUGAUGAUUACAGAGUUGACACUAACAGAGCUGAAACCAACAUGGUUGACACUAAAAGAGUUGACAUCAACAAUAUUGACAAUAACAAAUAUGACAAUUACAGAAUUGACACUAACAGAGAUGACAGUAUCAGAGUUGAUGGUAAAAAAGUUGAUGGUAACAGUUGAUAACAGAGCUGAUAAUAACAGAGUUGAAGGUAACGGAGCUGACAGUAACAGUUGAGAGUAACAGAAUUGACGAUCACAGAGUUGGCACUAACAGAGUUGGCAAUAAGAGAGUUGAUGUUAACAGUUGACGUUAACAGUUAAUGAAAAUAUGUAUAGUCGUAGUCUAAGCUUUAACCCAAAUACACAUAGAUCAUUGUUUUUUUAGAGAUAACUAAAUAUCAUUUGUGUGUUUAAUCAAAACUGAUUCGUUAAAGUUUUGUUUUUGAAAAAUAAUUUAACCUUUAUCAUGGAUCUAAAAUUACUUUUGUCAAUUUAAUUUAUUACUGUCACCAGAAUAAAACAUCUUGAUUCAGAAGUGAAAUCCUUUAUAAUUUCACAAUGUCUUUUACGUAUCGUUAUACAGUGAUUAAACUAAAACUUGUCGAAAAAGAUCAGGAAUAUAAAUGGUAAGUCUUUCACUUUAUCGUCUUUUCACUGUUUUUCUGAUAUCUGCGUCUGUCUGGAGAUGAAGAACAUACAGGAGAUGCUGUGUGUGAGUUUGGGUUAGUUGUUAUUGUGUUUUUUAAGCAGGAUUUAAGCACAUGAUUUUGAUAUAAAUAAUAAAUAAGUGCUGAAAUCAGGUUCAGUCAAGCAUGAGAUGAUAAUCGUCUCCAGACGCGUGCAGAGAGAAAGAUGGAUAUGCUGGAAACAAUGCAGAGGAAAAAAGAAAAGGUCUCAUUCGGUGAAAUAUGUCCGUCUUAAUAUGUAUGUACACUCAAAAAAUACUUUUGAAAUACUUAUGAGUUCAACUCAUAGUUUUUGGAAACAACUUAAUUGUUUUAGGUUCAAUACACAUCAAUUUGUAAAAAAUGAUUAAGUAAACUUAAUCGAUUUGUGUUGGGACAAGCAUUGUGUGGAACCCAUUAAUGUAUAUAUCCGAAAAUUAUACAUGAAGACAGGAUACAAAUGAUAAGGCUGUAGUUUAUAUUAGGCUAUAUGCUAUCAUGUGUAAUUUGUGCUGAUUUUGAACAUUUGUAUGUCAAAUAUUCAUGUAAAUAAAGCGCAUUUAAGUGUCAUUAUGACCGACAGUCUAUGGGUGUGACAAGCGGAGCUGUUAUCAGUCUCACACACACACACACACACACACACACACACACUCGAGUGAAGUUUUACAGAAAGUAACAUUUGCACUGCGCAUCAUUUCAUGGGGUGAUUAGUGUAGAUCUCGACACUAGAUGUGCUCUAGAUGACUCUGUGCUAAUAUAAAAUACAUGACUGUUUACUGUGUUUACAGAUGAGUGCGCGCGUUUGUAUUCGCGUGUUUUGCGCAUGCGCGAAAACUGUCAGCCUCACCGCACGGACACAAGGAAUGUAUUUUUAUUCACCUCACUCGAUCAUGAUUGAAAUUAAGUUGAUUUGACAUACUACUGAAACUAUUUGUAAAAUAGCUGAUAAAGAAGCCUCUUUCUGUCUUCAUCUUGACAUUCAAUUGUUCAUUUUUGCGGGGCGUGGCUUUAAGAAACAUUCUAAUGAUGUCAUUAACCAUCUGACCCCACCCACAUCUUCUUCUACUAUGAGUGGCGUCUCGCUAACCAAUGAGAGCUGGGGAUUUGAUAAAGAGGGUGGGGCUUUUGUUUUAACCGCCCCUCCUCCAGCUCCGCCCCCUCCCCCACCCCUGCCUGCUGUACACUCUGCAGAGCGGAAGAGGAGGGUGAAGAGUUUCUUCUGGAAACCCAUCCCUGAGGAUCGAGUUCGUCAGCAGGACAGAACCAAUCUGUGGAGCCUCAGGCAGGACAGCAGAGAGCAGACGCUCCACAUCGACAUCACUGCCAUCCAGGAGCUGUUCGGACACCCGCAGGAAACGCCGACGCUCAGACCAGCUCCUGUCAGAGACCGCAGACAGCAGGUCAGCCUCCUGGACUCCAAGAGAAGCUUGAAUAUCUCCAUUUUCCUUAAACACUUUAAAAAGUCCCCUGAGUGUCUUCUGGAUGCUGUUCUUCAGGGAAACACAGGAGUUUUCACUGCGGAGUCUCUGAAAGAGCUGCUCAAGCUCCUGCCGGAGGAGGACGAGGUGAAGAAUCUUCAGAUGUUCAGUGGAGACCUCAAAGACCUGGCACCACCUGAUGCCUUCAUACACCAGCUCAUCAAUUUACCCAGGUAUGAGGAUCUUCUCCAGGCUCUGCUACUGAAGGAGGAGUUUUUCCCCUCAAUCACAGUCAUGAAAGACGAGCUCUCCGUCAUCCUGAGCGCCAUUAACGAGCUGCUGAACUGUGAGGAGCUCCACACUGUCCUGCAUUUAGUGCUGCAAGCUGGAAACGUCAUGAAUGCUGGUGGCUCUGCUGGAAAUGCUGUGGGCUUCAGACUCUCGUCUCUUCUUUCUCUGGCCGACACUAAAGCCAACAAACCCGGGAUGAACCUGCUGCACUUUGUGGCUCUGGAAGCUGAGAAGAAAGAUCUGCUGCUGUUUCCAGACAAACUUCUGCAUGUGCAGCGAGCAGCACGAGUGUGUGUGGACAGUAUUCACACAGACUUUAAUUCUCUGAGCCGGAGAGUUCUUCAGCUCCAGCAGAUCCUCCACACAGAUGAAGAGCUCCAGUCCUUUCUAAAGAGCGCUGCUGAAGCUCUGCAGGAUCUGAGCGUCAGUAUUGAUGAGCUUCAGAGGGAGUCAGACGCUCUUCUUGAUUUCUUCUGUGAGGAUAAAGACUCCUUCAAGCUGGACGAAUGCCUAAGAAUAUUCCAGAACUUCUGCUCAAAAUUCAGAAAAGCAGUUCAGGAGAACGUGGAGCGAGGAAUGUGGGAGGAGUCUCGGCGCAGGCGUCUGAGGGAAUCUGAGGACAAGCGUCACUCCUGGGCGGGGCAUGAAGGAGCAGGCGGGGCUUACGAGUUAAGAUCCAGUAGUGAAGCAGAUGUGGAGGCGGCUUUAAAGAGGGAGGGGCUUCUGGAGCUUCUCCACAGUCCACUUCUGCGGCCCAGAAACAACCAGCGCUCGAAACAACAGAAGAUUGUGAACACACACGAACUUCCUCCAAUACACGCGCUCUCUAUAACAGACACACAAGUUCAAAACGAAACAAACGCACAGACUCAGGCCAGCGAAUGUGAGAGUAGCACAAAAACAGAGGAGGUUGUUGACCACCAGGAGGUGCUCUCCAUAUCACCGAACACCGACCUCCAAACUACUGAACAUACAGAAGUGACUCCAAAUAUGCUAAGUAUCGACGAUCAGAAUAAAAAAAUAAAUACGUCUGAACCAUUGAUUAACAUUAAAGAAACACAAACAACCUGCAAACCACCAGCCGCCUCUAAAAACAGAGUGUCUCUUUCUGCUAAAUCGUCAUUAUCUCGUAAAUCUGAAACUGCGAACGUGAGAAAGGUCGUUCCUCUCCGUCAGUCCGGUUCUGCUGCGCAAAACAAUCGGAAUGAUCCCCAAAGAAAACAAUCAGCUCGCAGCUCACCGGUGGAGAAGAUUUGUCGAUUAACGAUGUUGGGCGCUGCUCAAAAUGUGCGCGAUUCCACAAUCAAACCUCAAAAUUUCGCUCGCAACACUAUUGCAUCCGCGACACGCAUCGGAAAACAGUCUUCGAUUCCUAAUGCGUCUCCAUUGAUGCGUACGACUUCACUUAGACUCUCACAGGACAACAAAAAACAGGAAAUGACAACAGGAAGUGAUUGUCUGAUGCCCCCUGCUGGACAACAUAGGAAAAGCAGAAAAGCUAACGAUUCCAGAAACCAAUCUUCAGCUCAGAAAGUGUUUCCUUUAACACGUACGGCUUCAUUUAAGCUCUCGCAGGUGAACAAACAACAAGAAACGACAACAGGAAGUGAUUAUCCGAUGCCCCCUUCUGGACAUCAGUUGAAUAGCAGUAACACUGUUGAUUCUAGAAAACAGUCUUCGGUUCCUAAAGCGUCUCCACUGAUGCGUACGACUUCACUUAGACUCUCGCAGGACAACAAACAACAGAAAACGGCAGCAGGAAGUGUUCAUUUGACACCCCCUGCUGGACAAAAGAGGAAAAGCAGGAAUGCUAACGAUUCUGGAAAGCAACCUUCAGCAUAUAAUGUGCCUCUAUUUAUGCGCACGACUUCAGUUAGACUCUCACAGGACAACAAGCAACAGGAAACUGCUGGAGGAAGUGUUCAUUUGACGCCUCCUGCUGGACAACAGAGGAAAAGUGCAAACUCUGUCGAUUCUGUAAACUAUUCUUCAGCUUAUAAACUGUCUCCAUUGACGCGCACCGCUUCGCUCAGAAACACUCUCGAUUCUGGAAACCAAUCUUCAGCUCCUAAAGUGACUUCACGAAUGCGUACAACUUCGCUUAGACUCUUGCAGGACAACAAACAACAGGAAGCCACAGCAAGAGGGGAUCAUCUGAUGCCUCCUGGUGGACACCAGAGGAAGAGCAGAAUCACUGUCGAUUCUGGAAACCAAUCUUCAGCUCAUAAGGUGUCUUCAUUGGUGCGCGCUGCUUCAUUAAGUCUCUCAAAUAGGCACCAAGAAACAGCAGCAGCAAGUGGUCAUCUGAAACCCCCUGCUGGACAACAGAGGAAAAGCAGAAACACUGUUGGUUCUGGAAACCAAUCUUCAGCUCCUAAAAUGUCUUAACUGAUGCGUACGACUUCCCUUAGACUCUCACAGGUCAACAAGGAAACUGCUGGAGGAAGUGUUCGUCUGACGCCCCCUUCUGGACAACAGAGGAAAAGGAGAAACAUUGUUUACCAACUCAUAAAGUGACAGACGCUUGCAGAUCGACAAACAACCGGAAGCUGUGUAAGAACGUGUUUUUUUAGCGCCCCCUGCUGGACACCAGAGGAACAGCAGCAGCCCAAUUUCUGAAAACCGAAAAAGUUUGAGGAUCCUGUGAUAAAACUCUGAUGAAACAGGUCUGGAGGUAGAGAGAGGGGGAAGUGAUGGUCUAUGUUAGGGAUUGGAUAAAGUACAUCUAGGUGGUCUGGGAACAACAUACCUUUGAAUGUCGUGACUGGCCAAUCAGAAUGAAGUAUUCUAGACAGUCGUGUGAUAGGAAUUUAUAACACUUAGAUUUUAAAUUAUACUACAGUCCAAAAGUUUGGUCUUUUUCUAAUGUCUCUAAAAAGAAACCCUCUUCUUUACUGAGUUUUAAUCGAAAUACAGUAAAUUAGGAAAUAUUGUAAUAAC